AUGCCCGGUCUAUCAUCGGCUAUCAUUGUCCAUUUUGCGGCCCUGGUGGCAAUGCGCGAGAUUGCCGGACGAAGAAAAGUCAAAAAGGAUGAAAUCCUGGUGGUGGCGGAAGACUCGACCGAUGCCGUGUCCGAUGGCGGCAAGCCUGUCCCCAAGUCUGACAAGAUCGACUACUCGGGAGCGCACGCAAAGACGGAUCCAAAGGAGAUUGCACUGGUGAAGAAGCUCGAUAGGUGGAUCAUGCCUAUGCUAUGGAGCAUGUACUGGCUCAACUAUCUCGACCGAAACGCGAUUGCCCUCGCCAGACUGAAUCAUCUCGAAAGGGACUUGAACCUAUCCAGUGCCCAAUACCAAACUUGCGUGUCGAUUUUGUUUGUCGGCUACAUUCUGGGCCAGAUACCCUCCAACAUGUUUCUUACCCGGACCAGACCUAGUCGGUAUAUGCGCCGUAACCGCGUUAUCAAACAACUUUACCAGCCUCCUAUUAACUCGCUUCUUCCUCGGCGUGGCCGAAGCCCCUUCUACCCCGGCGCCGUGUACAUCCUCUCCGUCUUCUACACCCGCAAGGAGGUGGCCACGCGCAUCGCCAUCCUGUACACGGGCAACGUGCUCGCGACAGCCUUCGCCGGGCUCAUCGCGGCCGGCGUCUUCCACGGGAUGGACGGGUCCCUGGGCCUCAAGGGGUGGCAGUGGCUCUUUAUCCUGCAGGGCGUCGUGACCUUUGCCGUCGCCAUCGCCGGCUUCUUCUGGCUGCCUGAUUUCCCGCGUACGACCAAGUGGCUCUCGCAGGAGGAGCGCGACCUUGCUUUUAAUCGCAUGGAGCUUGAUACGGUGGAUAACGCGGGCCAGACGAGUACUAGGGCUGGGCUGGCGCAGGCGGCCAAGGACCCGAUGGUCUGGCUGUUUUCGGCCAUGGCGCAUAUGCACCUUGCGGCCAACGGCUUCAAGAACUUUUUCCCCACGGUCGUCGAGACACUCGGAUUAAACAGCACAGUAACGCUCAUCUUAACCUGCCCACCCUAUCUCAUCGCGGGCGCCGUCACGAUCCUGGCCUCCUGGUCCUCGGGCCACUUCAACGAGCGCACGUGGCACAUCACAGCAUCCAAAGCCGUAGCCGUGGCCGGGUUCGUAGCGGCGCCGCUCGCGCCCACAAUCGUAGGGCGCUACAUCGCCAUGGCCAUCUUCACGACGGGCACGUACGGGGUCAACAGCCUCAUCCUCGGGUGGUGCGGCAGCGUGUGCGGGCAGACCAAGGAGAAGAAGGCGGCGGCGAUCGGCAUCGUGACGACCAUCAUGAACGUCAGCUUCGUGUGGACGCCGUACCUCUGGCCCAAGAGCCACGGGCCCCAGUACAUGUUGGCCAUGAUGGUGAGUGCGGGCGUGAGCGUGGCGACGGCGGCGCUGGCGUGGGUGGCGAAGCUGGUGAUGCUGAGGCGGAACCGGGUUAUGCGCCAGAGCAGCGACGAGACUACGGUGUUUUACGUGUAUUAG